CUUGUGGCAGACUGUCCGCCCAGAGAGGACAGGGGAAGCACGGCCAGGGGGACACGCGGAGGAGCACAUCACUUGGAUGGGAUAAAAAAAACAAACAAACAAACAUUUAAGCUAACAUUGGGAAAAUGCUCUUCUAGCGUGAGACCUUUUAAUAUUACCUGCGUUUUUUCUUCUUUUGGACACCACCUCUAAGCUUGUCCAUUCAUUCAAGUUGUGUGUUCAUUUUUAUUUUUUCCUCGAAGUCCACCUUGCUUGGAGACAGAGGCCAGGACGAGAUGGGGAGCGAGCAAUACUUACCGGAGCUUCUGGCGGAGAAGGACACGCUGGAUCCGGCUUUCCAGCACUCACUGCGGCUACUGGAGCAAGAAAUUGAAAAGAUUCAGAAAGACGAGGGCAAGGAGGAGGAGAAGUUCAUCGACGUCGUCAUCAACAAGAACAUGAAACUGGGCCAGAAAGUUUUGAUACCAGUCAAGCAGUUUCCUAAAUUUAACUUUGUCGGAAAACUUCUCGGGCCACGCGGGAACUCGUUAAAGAGGCUACAGGAGGACACCCUCACAAAGAUGUCCAUUCUGGGCAAAGGGUCCAUGCGAGACAAAGAAAAGGAGGAGGAGCUACGGCAGAGCGGCGAGGCCAAGUAUCACCACCUGAACGAAGACCUGCACGUCCUCAUCGAGGUGUUCGCCCCGCCGGCUGAGGCCUACGCCAGGAUGGGCCACGCUUUGGAGGAGAUCAAGAAGUUUCUCAUACCAGAUUACAAUGAUGAGAUCAGACAGGCCCAGCUGCAGGAGCUCACAUAUCUGAACGGAGGCUCGGAGGAUGCCAAGGUGCCAUCGGUGAGGGGGAAGUCAGUGGCCCGUGCAAGAGGGACACCAGUUCCAGGACCUCCCAGGACUCGAGGCGGAGUCCCCCCACUGCAUGCGGCCGUGCCCAGAGGAGCAGCCCCCAGAGGAGCCCCGCCCAGCCGCACACCGUCCACCAGGGGGAGGGGGGUGCAGAGAGGCAGAGGCGCCCCUCCGGCAGCUGGAUACCGAGCGGCUCCUCCCAUAGUCCAGGACACCUAUGACGAAUAUGACUACGACGACGACUACGGAACAGCGUAUGAUGACCAAGGAUACGAGUCGUAUGACAACAACUACACUAAUCAAGGACAAAACUCAGACGACUACUAUGAAUACGGACACAGCGGAGAAUCGUACGAGUCGUACGGUCAAGAAGAGUGGGCGAACGGUCGCGGCAAGGCGCCGUCGGCGAGAACGACCAAGGGAGUGUACAGAGAGCAGCCCUACUCCAGAUACUGAUGAACUGGAUGGUGCAACCCAAGUAAUGGAGUUUUUUAUGGAUGUUUUUAGAUAUGAAACCUUAACCUGCAAAAUAAUCCCUUAAAAAAAAACAGCUAUAGAAGGACUGGGAAUGAAUGGUUUCAAAAGUGACACCCCCAUCCCCACCUCUCCGAAGCUCCACUGAAAAGAAUUCAAAUAUACUACGAGAAAUAAUCUUGGCUGUAAAGUCCUACUUACUAAAAAGCUAAGUGCUAAUAUGCUGUACACGAAUUUGGACUUUUACAAUAACAUUGCAUUGGGUAAAUGGCAAAGUGACAACUUUUUCCUACCACUGGCGGACUUAAAAUAAAAAUACUUUAUUCAAGUAAAAUGACGUUUCCUCAAAAAACAACUUUUUUCUCUGAAACGUUAUCCGCGUACGACUUUUUCUCGUAAAAUUGCGUCAAUCGUACUCGCUGGAGUUUGACCUGUUCUCGUCAUAUGAUGUUUUUUUGGUCAAAUUCAGACUACACUAUUGUACAUGGCCGACCGUAACUGUCUUAAUAGCACUGCCAUAAUUCCAAUAUGGCAUUUUUUUGUUCUUGUAAAAUUACCACUUUCACUUUAUUCUAGUGAUAUUUUUUUCUUUGAGUUUUUCUCGGAAAAUCAACUUUUUGUUUUCUCCUUCAUAAAAUUGCAAUUUUAUUCUCGUAUCGUUAUGACUUUAUUACAACUUUAUUCUAGUAAUGUUUUUUUCGCAGACUUUUUCUCUGAAAAGUUGGACUAUAAUUAAAUUAUUUCCAUUAUUUGGGCAUUUUUUCUUACAUGGCCUAAAUUUAAUAAUAUUUAUUAUUAUUAUAACAUACAGUCGUCCCUUACUACAUUGUGGUUUGAACAUUGUUCUCCCUCUGUUGCGUAAGUAAUGUGGUUGACUAUGGCCUAUUAUUUGUCAAACAAUAUUGAAACAAGUUAUGUGUCGUAUUCCGGUCACUAGGCGUCAGUAAUGCUACAUUGAUGAGACAUUACUUUACACACUACAUGGAGUCAGCCAUGGCAUGUCUGAAAUGAUACAAUGAAACUAAGUUCUCCUCCCAUUUUGUGUGGAAGUGGUAAGUUUAUGCCUUCUUACUUUGUCCUUACCCUCGUUUGAGACACUUUCUUAAGUUUAGAGUAAGUAUAUUGGAGAGGCUAACUAGUUAGCUCGGUAACUUGCUAUGCUAGCAGGCGGCCAUCUCUUAUGUCCCUGCAGGGAUCCCGCAGCCUGCGCAUUAGUGGUAGUAUGGUGUCAACAAAGAAUAAUAGGAGUGGUGUUAUUUCACGUCUGCAGGGUUUUAAUGGUAAAAAGUGUAUUUAGAAAGUCCUAAACUGGUUUUCUAUGCUCUAACCGUGAAACGGUGAAAAUAUUCCGUUUGUUAAUAUUGAAUUGUACUUUGUGAAUAUUUACUUCACGUGGUCAGGUCUGGGACCAAUUAACCGUGAUGAAGGAGGGACGACUAUGACAAUACCAGGAUUAUGACAAAAAAGUUGUAAUUUCAGGAGAAACUUUGAUAUAACAUAUCAAACUUUAUUGUCAUAAUGUUAUGUCUAAUAAAAUGACUAGAGGACUUCUUUUCCUCCUAAAAUUGCGACUUCACUCUCAUAAGUUUAUGACUGUUUCUCGUAAAAGUUUGAUUAUGGUGCGAACUAACUUUAUUCCGCCUAACUUGAUUCUCGUAAUAUAGUGUUCUUUUCACUGUGGGCCUCAUGCUAACCCUUCUUCCUGGUCAUAAAAGCACACUCCCACCGGGUAAUGCAAUUGCCAGUAGUGUAUUAAUUCCUCUCUCAGCUCCAGUGUGUACUAACGAGGGGGGAGAAUAUUUACAUUGUCGCUGUGAGCUAUCGAUACGAUGCUUCUCCACAGCUGCCAGUACAACUUAAUGUAUCUCCCUUAAUAUCUCACUAAAGAUGUAAUGGCUUAGUUCUAGGAUGUAGAUAUCUUUUUUUUCAGAAGGAGUAAUGGGUGGAAAAUGUGUCCCUUGUAAAGUAAAAAAGAAAAGAAAAAGCAACUGUAUACAUAUUGUAUUGCUGUCUCCUCCUUUUUUUGUAUUAGUGUUAAAGGGCUUAUGGAAGCAUGGCGUGCAAUGUGGAUGCUGUCAGAUGAUUCGCUAAAUAAUUGUGCUUAUAAAACACUUUAAUACAUCUAUAAAUAGGGAUCUUAAAAUGGAAAUCUGCAAAACACACAACAGGCUUUUUGUGAUUAUUUUUUUUGUGACAUUAUCACAGCUUUUUUGAUUUAUUUAUUUUGUAUUAUUGUCGGACCACUUGUGGUCAAAUGCUUGUGAAUAUGCCGGACUUGUUGAGCUAACAGUAUAUGGAUUUUUUUGAGCUUAUAUAAGCCCUUUAAUAUUUCCCUCUUGUCGAUGCUGAAUAAACAUUUGGAAAAAACGAUCUUUGUGGCAGAGACAGAAAUCAUUGACUCGUUAAAAGCAAACUUUUAAUUUAAACUAAAUGAAGUUGGCAUUGGCACGACUCGCCUUGCUGUGGUGACCUUGUAUGUGAUGCACUCUGUGGGCAGGAUUUAGCCUCAGCGACCGGACCUCCUCUCUGUUUGUUCGUAUAAUUUGCUGUCCAUCACAUGGAGCAUCAUCAUCCGUAAACACGCAUUAACUUUGUGAGUGUUUACCUCGACAGACGUGCCUCGUAGCGCUGCAUGAAGGCCUCCUCCACACCCUCUGACGGGUGGGAAUUGCUCUCUCUUCUAUUUUUUGGCCCGCAUUUAAAGAGCCCCCUCUCCCCCCCCGCCCCCGUCCAUUAAAGAGACUCUAAAUGACCCCCAGCUGACCUCAGCAGAGGGAGGACGGCAGCAGUAGCUGUUUAAAAAGACCGCCUCCGUCCCACAAGGUAAACAACCUGACCCAGAUUAACUCCUCCCCUAACGUAGCUGCACAUAAACGCUCUCUAAACUUCAGUGUAACAUGUUUUCCUGUCUGUUUAGGCCGUUAAGAUGAGAAUAAUUAGAUAUAUUUAACACAAAAGUAAACUAUGUGAUAAAUAGCAGUAAUAUUUCCAUGAAGUGUUUAAGGAAAUAACCUAUAAGCCAAUAAUGAAACCCCAUGUGUUGUAUACUCUAAUUGUGUAUUUCAUGUUACAGGUAGUGGCGAGGAGUUAAUCGUAUUGUUUAUAUU